AUGUUGAAUAGACUCUAUGGACAUCUUGCUCCUAUAAAUGAUUCCAAUUUGUGUAUGGUUUUUUUUCGACGGCGAUGUAAAAAAUUUAUUUCAACAACUAAUGAUCCAUCUCGUUGUUUUUGUGGUCGACUAGAAUCUGAACAUGAUAAUAAUGCUGAAUAUCAUCCAUUAUCUCCUGUAAAGCCACCCAAUCGUGCGCUUAAAUCUAUAUCAACCAAACUUCUUUUUACUAAUCCGUCCCUUGAUCAAUCUGAACAUGAUUUUGAACGAUGGAAUGUUGCUAAACAUACAACACUUUAUCCAACAAACGCAUAUGGAAUUAUUGAGUUUGAAAAUAUGCUUCAUCCAGCCAAAGCACAUUAUUUACGCUUAGCUUAUGAUACAAAUCCAUCCCAAAUUGUUCAUCUUUUUACAAAACAAUGGCGAUUACAAUUACCAAAUCUUAUCGUUAGUAUUCAUGGUGGUAUACAAAAUUUUGAAUUAGAACCCCGUCUUCGUCAAGUAUUAAAACGUGGUCUUUUAAAAGCAGCAAAAACUGCUGGUGCAUGGAUAUUUACAUCAGGUAUGAAUACAGGUGUUGUUAAACAUGUUGGUGAUGCACUUUUUAUGAGAUCAAGAAUUCGCUCAAAUAUUGUUGUCGUUGGUAUUGCACCAUGGGGUGUUAUUCAAGGACGCGAACAAUUAAAAGGACAAAAUCAAACAAUUUCUUAUCAUUCAGCAGCAGUUGUUACAGAAGACAAUUGUGCAACAUUAAAUAGUUCACAUAGUUGUUUUUUACUUGUUGAUAAUGGAACAGUAGGAAAAUAUGGUGGAGAAGUUAUACUUUGA